UGUGCAAUUUUUAGCUUAUACGAGUUUCUACUCUAGGCAUUUGUCACUCUAUGCAAAUUGAGACGCUCCAAGCGUAAAGAUAAAGACAAAGAAAUAAACGACUGAACACAUUUUAAGCAGAAUUUUCUUUACACAACUAAAAUGGAAGAUGAUGGAAUACCUGUUACCAACAAUUUCUUAAAAGAUCCACUUUGCUUGGGAGAUCUCAUAAGUAGCGGAGCGAGUUUUGAAAUCAAUACAAACUUCGAUGAGGGAUUUACCAAUGAUAUAUACGAUGAACUUAAUAUAGGUUCUGAUGAUGAACAAGAUGAUGGCAAAAAUGCAUUUGAUCGCAACGAGUUGGUGUCACCUUGGACCGAACCGUUUGAAGACUUAAAACCGCGCAUGCAAAAAGUUAAUGAACACGUGUGGAAAAAGAUAACAAAAGUUGGCUUGGAACAAGAACCGGUGGUUCCGAAUAAUGCCAGAGUUUGUAUACGUUAUAAUGCUUACUGGGAAGGUGAAGGCGCACCUUUUGAUUCGAGUUUUCUGCGUGGUUCAUCCUACAGUUUCUAUACGGGUCGCAAUGAGGUGUUGGAAGGCCUGGAAGUAGCUGUACGCACUAUGCAUAAAGGAGAACAUGCUCAAUUUGUAAUUUCCUAUCACUUGCUAUUUCGCGAAAUGGGUUGUCCACCACGCGUUAAACCCAAGGCUGAUGGUCUAUUCAUAAUUGAAUUGGUGUCUUAUAAUUUGGUGGGCGAUAUCGACGCCGAUCAACAAAUAGCCGAACAAGAUCGUAACAAGUUUACAAUAGUGAUUGACAAGGUAAAGGAAAUUCAUUUGAAGGGUUUGGAUUUCUUUAGCCAGGGAACUUAUCGUAAUGCCUGCAGAGCCUUCGAAAAAGCAGUAGAUAUUUUGAAAUUCUGUCGUUUGGCCAAUGACCAGGAAGAGAAAGAACAAAGCUCAUUUUUAAUAAAACUUUAUACAAAUCUAGCUGUUUGCUAUAAUAAGACUAAUGCUCCAGGCAAGACCUGUUUAAUGUGCAAAGAAAUCCGUGAGUUAACCCAUAAUAAACCCUCCUGUAAAGCUCUAUUUCAAGAGGGCAGAGCCUAUCUAAUGUUAGGAGAAUAUGAAAAAGCUCGCCAUCUCUUAGUGAAGGCGCAACACAUGGAACCUCAAAAUCUUGAUAUUGGUAAAGAACUAAAGAUCUUGGAUGAACGCUAUAAACGCUAUAAGGAAAAUGAACGUAAAAUUUGGACAAAGGCCAUGGGCAUUAUAAAAACUGUUCAAAAGACUGAUGAUGCUAAUGCCAAUCAUGGUGAUGCAGCCAUUUUUACAUUGAAAGAGGAAAUGAUGAAAUUAAUGCGUGAAUUUAAGGAAGAUGAAGAACAAAAUAAUUUAAAAUUACCGGCUGGUCUAACUAAUAAAGAAAUAGAAACGGUUGAUGAGUUGGCGAAGCAAUUAGACUUGAAGUUAUCACUCAAUCCCUUGGAUAACAGUAGUUAUACGAUAACUAAAAAGAAAUAAGUAGAAAAAUGGUACGUGUUUUAUUUUUCAUUUUUAAAAAUAUUCAUUUUAUUAUUUUUUUUAAUAAAUCAUUUGUGUGUCUACAAGGAAAACGUGCAUAUUUUUAAGAUAUGCAUAAAAAAA